AUGGGUAGUAGACGUCAUAAGAAUAAGCAGGCCGCUCCACCAAGUUUUGACGAGUUUCAAGCUAAACAGGAUAGAAAAGCAAAGAGAAUCGAGGAAAGAACAAAGAGAUCCAGCAAUGAUGUAACUGAUAAGAAAUCCAGUAAGAAACAAAAGACUGCUACUGAUGACCACGAAAAACAACAUGAUCACCACAAAGAAGAUAGUGAAAAUAAACACAGUAAGCAUAAACAUGAAAAAUCUCAUUCAUCGAAGAAACAUAAGAAACACCAUAAUGACGACGAGGAAGAAGAAAAUCACGAAUUCCCAGCUGAUCUGCCAGAAGUUGAUUUAGAAGAACUAUCCAAAGCAAAGAAAUCCUUGUUCGACGAUGAGGAAGAAGUCGAUGAGGAUCUACAAGGUGAAUUUGAUAUGGAACAAGAAUAUGAAAACGAUGAAGAUGACAAUGUUCAAGUCAAAUCCAUGUUUUCAGAUGAUGAAGACUUUGGUGAAGACGAACUGGAAGAUUUGAAUGCUGCCAAUAUGGAAUCUCUGUCUCAAAAGCUUGAUGAAGAAGAAGCUGAAGAAGCUGAGCAAGCCGAGCAGGAAUUGGUUCAAGCCAAUCAAACUCAACCAAGGGCUGAUGUUCUACCUUCUAAGGAAGAAGAAGAAAUGAUGGGUAGUGGUCCACAAGACCUAACUUCUGUUAGAACCAGAAUUAUUGAAAUUGUUAAAGUUCUUGAAGAUUUCAAAACAUUGGGUGCCGAAGGUAGGUCAAGAACUGAAUAUGUCGAUAGACUUCUAAAGGAUAUCUGUGAAUACUUUGGUUACACUCCAUUCCUUGCCGAGAAAUUAUUCAACCUAUUCUCUCCAUCUGAAGCUCUUGAAUUCUUUGAGGCCAAUGAAAUUGCUAGACCUAUUACUAUUAGAACAAACACCUUGAAAACAAGAAGAAGAGAUUUAGCUCAAUCUUUAGUUAACAGAGGUGUUAACCUUCAACCAAUUGGUAACUGGACCAAGGUUGGUUUGCAAAUCUUUGACUCCCAAGUUCCAAUCGGUGCAACCCCCGAAUACUUGGCUGGUCAGUAUAUUCUACAGGCUGCAUCUUCUUUCUUACCUGUUAUCGCUCUAGACCCCCACGAAAAUGAACGUAUUUUGGAUAUGGCAGCUGCUCCAGGUGGUAAAACUACAUAUAUUUCUGCUCUAAUGAAAAACACUGGUUGUGUUUUUGCUAAUGAUGCAAACAAAAACAGAACAAAAUCUCUUAUUGCUAACAUUCAUCGUUUAGGUUGCACUAACACUAUUGUUUGUAACUAUGAUGCCCGUGAAUUCCCAAAGGUUAUCGGUGGUUUUGAUAGAAUUCUGUUAGAUGCUCCUUGUUCCGGUACUGGUGUUAUCGGUAAGGAUCAAUCCGUUAAAGUUUCUCGUACUGAAAAGGAUUUUAUUCAAAUUCCACAUUUACAAAAACAAUUAUUAUUGUCUGCUAUUGAUUCGGUGGAUUGUAACUCAAAGCACGGUGGUGUUAUUGUGUACUCUACAUGUUCUGUUGCAGUGGAAGAAGAUGAAGCUGUCGUCAACUAUGCAUUAAGAAAGAGACCAAACGUCAAACUAGUUGAAACUGGUCUUGUUAUUGGUAAGGAAGGUUUUACAAGCUUUAGAGGUAAGAAUUUCCACCCAAGUGUGAAACUAACCAGAAGAUACUACCCACAUACUUACAAUGUUGAUGGUUUCUUCGUUGCCAAAUUCCAAAAAACAGGUCCAUCUCCACAUGACGAUAACCAAGCUAGUGCAAAGGAGAAGGAAGCUCUUGCUAGAGAAGAAGCUAUGGAGGAAGGUAUUAUUCAUGAAGAUUUCGCCAACUUCGAUAAUAAAGAAGAUGAAAAGUACAUAAAUAAAUCCAAGAAGAACAGUCUAUUAAAGAAAGGUAUCAACCCAAAGAGUAGCGGUGCACCAAAGAAAUAA